AUGGAGCAGCUGCUGCGCGCGGAGCUGCGCACCGCUACCCUGCGCGCCUUCGGGAGCCCCGGGGCCGGCUGCAUCAGCGAGGGGCGCGCCUAUGACACAGAUGCCGGCCCGGUGUUUGUCAAGAUCAACCACAGGACGCUGGCCCGGCAGAUGUUUGAGGGGGAGAUGGCAAGCCUGGAGGCUCUUCGGAGCACUGGCCUGGUGCGGGUGCCUCGGCCCAUCAAGGUGAUUGACCUGCCUGGAGGCGGGGCUGCCUUUGUGAUGGAGCAUCUGAAGAUGAGGGGCCUGAGCAGUCAGGCAUCAAAACUUGGAGACCAGAUGGCAGAUUUGCACCUUUACAACCAGAAGCUGGGGGAGAAGCUGAGGGAGGAGGAGAACAGAGUGGGCCAGAGGGCCGAGGGUACUGGGCCCCAGUAUGUGACCAAGUUCGGCUUCCACACAGUGACCUGCUGCGGCUUCAUCCCACAGGUGAACGAGUGGCAGGAUGACUGGCCAACCUUCUUCACCCGGCACCGGCUCCAAUCACAGCUGGACCUCAUUGAGAAGGAUUAUGCUGACCGAGAGGCACGAGAACUCUGGUCACAGCUACAGGUGAAGAUUCCAGAUUUGUUUUGUGGUCUGGAGAUUGUCCCUGCCCUUCUUCACGGGGACCUCUGGUCGGGAAAUGUGGCAGAGGAUGACAGCGGGCCCAUUAUUUAUGACCCAGCCUCCUUCUACGGCCAUUCUGAGUUUGAACUGGCAAUUGCCUUGAUGUUCGGGGGGUUUCCCAGGCCUUUCUUCACCGCCUACCAUCAGAAGGUCCCCAAGGCUCCAGGGUUUGACAGGAGGCUGCUGCUCUAUCAGCUGUUUAACUACUUGAACCACUGGAACCACUUCGGUAGGCAGUACAGGAGCCCAUCGCUGGGCACCAUGAGGAAGCUUCUCAAAUAA